CGGGUCGCUCCUUCAAUAACAACAGCUAUUCAGACACCUCGGUAGCUUUCUAGCAAACAUAGCUACAACAUUCACGUUAUUUACACUGUUUUGGUGUAUAUUAGUCGAUGUGUAUUAAACACAUUUCUGUUGUAUGUACUUGUUGGCCCAUUUCAUUAUAUAUUUACGCUGUUUGUCAGCUAGCUGGUUUGUUAAGUUAGCUUAGAUCUAGGCUACUCUCUAAUGCUAGAUAGCUAACAUCUCCGACCAUGAGUUCACUAAGCUACUCUCCUCCUGCUAAAGAGGAGGUCGUCUGCUGGACUGAGAAAGAAGCUCUCGUGAAAGAGGAGGAGGAAGAGAAAGAUGUCACACUACAAAAACAAGUAGAGGGUGAGGCUGUUACCGUGAAAGAAGAAGAGAAAGACGUUUCAGUGAAAGAAGAGGAAGACGCGUUCAGAGUGAAAGAGGAGGAUGUUACGGUAAAAGAAGAGGAAGAAGAUAAAGUGGAGGAUUCAGUUUUUGGAGUGAAACGGGAGGAGGGGGAGAUGACUGUCACAUUGGAUGAGGAAGAGGAGGUUGGAGAUCUGUUUAACACCAGAGAGACACGGGACUAUCGUGGAUCCUCUUGGGAGGCUCAACAACAUCAUGAUUCUGACGAGGCAGAGAAGAGUCUCUUCAGAUCAGAACUCCUCAAGAAACACCAGCAGAGACCCACAGAGAAGAAAUCUCAUUGCUGCUCUGACUGUGGGAAAAUAUUAAACUCUUCACCAGACCUUAAAAUACAUCAAAGAAUUCACACUGGAGAGAAACCUUACGGCUGUGAUCAAUGUGGGAAGAGUUUUUCUCAGCUAAAAACCCUGAAAUCACACCAGAGAAUACACACUGGAGAGAAACCUUUUGGCUGUGAUCAAUGUGAGAAGAGUUUUAUUUGGCUGCAAACCCUGAAAACACACCAGAGAAUACACACUGGAGAGAAACCUUACGGCUGUGAUCAAUGUGAGAAGAGUUUUACUCAGCUAAACAACCUGAUAGUACACCAGAGAACACACACAGGAGAGAAACCUUAUAGCUGUGAUCAAUGUGGGAAGAGUUUUUCUACAUCUAGCUAUUUAACUAUACACCAGAGAAUACACACUGGAGAGAAAUCUUUUGGCUGUGAUCACUGUGGGAAGAGUUUUAUUUGGCUACAAUCCCUGAAAUCACACCAGAGAAUACACACUGGAGAGAAACCUUUUGGCUGUGAUCAAUGUAGGAAGAGUUUUACUCAGCUAAACAGCCUUAUAGUUCACCAAAGAACACACACAGGAGAGAAUCCGUGCUGUGAUCAAUGUGGGAAGAGAUACUCUGAUAAACGAUCUCUGAUUAAACAUCAGAAAAUACAUGAAGUAGUUGUUUCAUGAUACAUGAAGUAGUUGUUUCAUGAUAUCAAUGAAAUAAUGUCACAAUGUAGAAUGUUUUUAAUAUUGUGGAAGUAUAUUAAUAAUGUCACAAUAUAGAAUGUAUUAACAUUGUAGGAGUAUUUGAAUGAAUGUAGAACCAUAAACAUUUGCCCAAUGUUCAAUUGAUUUUAGUCUCAGGGGAAAAAUCCAGGCUUCUUAAUUGAAAGAGUACUAUUUAUGAGAUUCAACAAAAAGUGACUAACAAAAAUAGAGUUGUGUUACAUUUACCACGUUGUUUACCCACUUGAAUCAAAAUGCAACUCUUCAAUGUUUAGGUUUUCAAUAUAUCCCAAACUGUUUCUGCAUAUUGGUUAUUGAUUUGGACACAUUAAAACUAUGUUUUGACAUUGCGCUAUUCUCACCUACCAAAAUGUAAUUCAAAAGACAUUGAAAAGAAGACUAUGCCCGACGUCCAAUUUAUGUUCGGUUGAAAAUGAAAGUUGAAAAUAUGUAUUUUCGGGUCGUUUUUUCAAUGAUUUGAAAACAACUUAAUUUCGAUGUACUUGCAGCCUAUACAUAUGGACGCAGUAUAAUCAAUUGGUCUAUAAUGAAUUUUAUUAACAAUCUUACAUCACUCCAUUAUUUCUUGACAACAUCCAUGUCUUUAUUCCACUACUGAAGAAACAUGUCUCAAAUCACCUAGUCACAUUUCAAACAACAGCCUCACCACUAAGUUAAUUAUUGGCAAUACAUAUUAACAAAGGGGUGUACAUUUGGUUUUGAUAUUUCAUUUUUACAAUUCAUGUAACAUUUAGUAAUAAUUAUUUAUGCAACCAACUGACAAUUGUUGGGUACAAUUAUAUUGACAUUGUUAUCUUGCUUUUAGACUAUCAGGGAUCAUUCUCAGAUGUGCCAACCCAAAUGUACUAGAGCAUGACAUUGGGCCCAGAUCCAACAACAUGCCUAUCGAGUGAACCCUGAAAAGAGAGAGAAGCUCCACAGUGAGGUGGAAAGUUACUACGGAUAUCGCAGGAGUUUCCUCUUGAAAUCAGACACGUCUGUGGUAAGGUCAACUUGCUUGCUGAUUGUCUCAGUCCAAUUUCGGCAGUCCAAUUUUUUUUUUGAAACUGCACUGUUGGUUAGGGGCUCGUAAGUAAGCAUUUCACUGUAAGGUCUACACAUGUAUUCAGCGCAUGUAACUAAUACAAUUUGAUUUGAGUUUUGUUUGGGCUCGUUCCAAGGGGAUGAGAGUUCUAGAAGCUAGUGAGUUUUUGGAAGACGAGUUCUAGAAGCUAGAGAGUUCUAGAAGAGUUUUAGGAUUCUAUAGAAAGAAAAAGGAGAAAAUAAUGAUACGAUUGUAUUUUAUUGUUUUUAAAUACGUGUAUUUUAUUGUUUUUAGUUGUUGACAGCAAGUAGACACCAUGUUUAUAUUGGUGAAUCAUUGUAGUUGAUAAUAAUGUGAAAUGGAAGUUGUUUUCUGUUGGUGGUCCGCAAACUUGUCCAACAAAAAUAUAGGAAAUAUGUGUUGUCUUAAAGGGGAAGGUGUUACAGGCUUUGGUUUUUCCAUUUAUGUUUUGAAGUAGGACUUUAGCACGUAUAUCCCGUUAGCACAUAUAGCUCGUUAGCACGUAGGAUGCACUGACUGGUGUCACCUCGUUAGUCAGUAUGUGUUACACCUGUGCUGGCUUGUCCAUCUCGUUAGUGGGAAGGUGUUUCACCUGUGCUGGUCCAGGUUCUAUUUAAGAGUGUCUGGCUCAGUGCUCCAGUUGUCUUAAUAGAUGUGGAGAGUCAACUCCUUUUAGUUGCUCCACCUUUUUGGUUUGCUUCCUGUCUUUAAGUUUGGUGUGGGUUUUUCUUUUGUUUGACUCUUCUUGGGCAGAUGGGUCUCAUGGUGGGUGUCUUUUAGGUCCCAGUUGUUGUUACUAGUCAACUUUCAGUGAACACCCCCAUAGUGUCUAUCAGAACCCCUCCUACAAAACAAGCUUGUAAUUUGGUUGGAUAAUUUAAUAUUUUAAUCAAUGGCAUUUCCUUAGGAUGCUCAUUAGUCUUUAAGUUGUUAUUAUUGUUUUUUAGUCUCUUUUAGGUCCCAGUUGAUGUUACCAGUCAAUUUUCAGUUGAUGCCCCCGUAGUGUCUUUCAGAGCCUCUCCUAAAAAACAAGUUACGUUUUGGGUUGGAUUAGCAUCCUAUUGUUAAUAUUUUAAUCAAUGGCAUUUCCUUUCAAUGCUCAUUAGUCUUUCAGUUGUUGUUCUGUUUUUUUUAUUCAUAUGUUUGUGUACUAAAUAUUUCUGUUUAUUUUCUUUAUUUUUUCCUGUGAAGCCAUUGUGUUGCAUCCAUGUCUGAAAUGUGCUGUAUAAAUAAAUCUUGAUUUGAACAUGUUGCUAAACAAAUUAACCCAAUGACUGACCAAUCAACAUACUCUUUGUCCAUCUUAGUAUGAAAAACAGUAUCAAUCCCACUUUUCAAGCCUGCUGAAGGCGUGGUGGAGUGGUAAACACCACCCCCGGCUCUACCAGGGGCUCUACCGGUGGUCUCCCACAGCUCUGCUUAUGUCAUGUUUUGUGGCCUUGCUGUUCCAUUUCUUGACUGUCCCUGCAACACAGAAACACAUUUAGUCAUAUUAUAUAAAACACUCAAAGUAAUGGAUAUGGAGCAUCUAUGGCCUAAGUUACACCUGGCACCUAAAUGUGACUUCUGUCAUCUGAUCACUCCAAGCUGCAUUAGGUCUGGAUGCACUUAAGUCACAAUGUGAUCGCAUUAAGUUUAGAUCUGCCAGGAUGGGCAUUGUGUUUGGAAUUUGAGCCAGGCCACUGAAUAUGCAUAAGCAAUGUAAAGAGAUGGGGUGAAUCAGUGGAGGAAAGUACAUUCUACACAAAUUACCUUCAUAAUAUCAAAGAACAAAUGUGUGUGCCUGAGAGGAAAUGUACUUUCAUAUAGCCAAAAGGGGUGGGACAUUACACCAAUAUCAGUGGACAAUUUGCACUAAUGUAAAUUAACAUGGAUGAUCAUCUAAACCAUGUGUGACCUCUCACCUCUCUGGCUGUAGAAGUGUUCUUCAUAACCAGUCCCUCAACAGCUCUCUGACUGAGCUCCACCCUCACUGGGUCUUUAGAGGAGAGGAAGGCUGAGGAGGGAUGGAAGGAUGAAUGGAUCAGUCAGUCAAUAAAGUGUAGAGCUGCUGUCUAUGCUGUCUGACAAAAUCACUAUUUUAGUAGUUAAUUAAAGUAAUAAGGCUUUAUGACCGCUGAAUACCAACUAUCAAUCACUUAGAUCAUGUAUUUUCAGGUAGCGAUACCUCGGGACGUCCCUAGCCUGUUGAAGUUGACAUUUAAAAUGGUUAAGGAAGGGUUUAGGGUAGGGAUGUCCCAAGGAUCCCGGAUAGCAUUGACCAUUGUGCAUUCUUCUGACUCUUUUACAUAGCAGGUGAUGAGUUCUGACUUCUGAACUUGAAAAUAUUAAAUAUCCUUAUUUAUGUGAAAUUGAAUGAAACAAUAAUGUAUGUUGAUGCUAAUAUGAUGUAGAAUAUUCCAUGAUGUUUAUAUAUGAUAACAAUAGCGUAAUAUAUUUAAUAUGCUAUAAACAAUUUUUUUAACAGUUUCACUAAUUCAUUUUAAUUAACUUAGUCAUUAUGACACACCCCUCACUACUGUCAUUGGUUACAUUAAUUGUGUCUACAUAACCUGGUUCAAAUAUUCAUGACAUUACCCUGAGGAAGGCACAGUGAUGCCGAAACGGUGGUAAAACCCAUUAAAUUGCUGGGAGUUUAUA